AAAGUACGUAUUUCAUCAACAAUGAAAGGCAGGACUCAGACGAGAGGAGAAAGUUUUCAGAUAGUGCAGCGAACAAAACUUAUUGAGGAGUUCCACUUAAGACGAGACAAGAGAUAGAAAGAGAGUGAGGAGGAUAGAGAGAGAGAGAGGGAGAGAGAGAUAGAGAAAGAGCAUUACAUAAUAAAUCGGUAACAUUCGACCGGCACUGACUGACACUUAUUGCUUGGAUCGAACCGAUUAUAUAUAGGCUGUAUUUUUUUAACUUGACAGAUUUUGUAUAUUUGCAUAAAUAUUUAGGCGUAUAGGCUGGAGUUUUAGAAUCGUAUUAACUGUUUCAAAUGUGUUUAUUUGAAUGAUAAACAUUAUGAGACCUUGUCAUUCUUCUGGCACGGAUGAUGUUGACAAAGUUGUCAGGAACGCGCUUCUCUCCGUUCUGAACGCUUUCACAACUUUCGCCUCAGAUUAUCCUCUGAUGUUUCCUGAAAUUGGAAAACAGCAGUGACUGUUGUGAAUCACAAAAAGAGAGAGCUCUGCGUUCAAGUCCUCAGUAAAAGCUAUGACCUCAGCCACGCCCCCUUCCUCCCGUAGCCCCUCCCCACAGAAGGUCUGCCACUCCCAGACACAGACAGAUGUUCUAAAGCCACUCCUAGGCGGAGGAGGCGGGGCUUCGACAGGAAACGGACCUGCGGCAUUGCGACGCCGUCGACGGGUGCUAUCUAAAGAUGGGCGGAGCAAUGUACGCAUUGAACACAUCAGCGGCCGAGGGACGCUUUACCUGCGCGACCUGUGGACGACCUUUCUGGACAUGCAGUGGCGCUACAAGCUUUUCCUGUUUUCCGCCACCUUCGCUGGCACCUGGUUUGUCUUUGGAGUGCUGUGGUACUUGGUGGCACUUGUGCAUGGAGAUUUGCUAGAGUUUGACCCUCCGUCCAACCAUACGCCGUGUGUGAUGCAGGUCCAAACCCUGACUGGAGCGUUCCUUUUCUCCCUGGAAUCACAAACUACGAUUGGUUAUGGCUUUCGCUGCAUCACUGAGGAAUGCCCACUUGCUAUAAUCCUGCUGAUUGUCCAGCUUGUCAUCACCAUGGUGAUGGAGAUCUUCAUCACUGGAACCUUCCUUGCCAAGGUAGCACGGCCGAAGAAACGUGGUGAGACUGUGAAGUUCAGUCAGCAUGCUGUGGUCGCCAAUCAUGAAGGCCGACCAUGUCUCAUGAUCCGUGUCGCUAACAUGCGUAAGAGCCUACUUUUGGGUUGCCAGGUAACAGGUAAGCUUCUGCAGACGUCGCUGACUAAAGAGGGUGAGACGGUGCGUUUGGAUCAGAGAAAUGUAGCCUUCCAAGUGGACACGUCCAGUGACAGCCCCUUCCUCAUCCUGCCCCUCACUUUCUACCACGUGAUAGAUGACAACAGCCCACUGCGGGCCUGGGCUGCCAAAGGUGGCGGGUGGACAGAUCCGGAACUGGCUGACUUUGAGCUGCUUGUGAUAAUGAGCGCUACUGUGGAGCCGACCUCGGCCACCUGCCAAGUGCGCACCUCCUACCUGCCCGACGAGAUCCUGUGGGGCUACGAGUUUCCUCCUGUCGUCUCCCUCUCCCCCUCCGGAAAGUAUGUCGCUGAUUUUGCCUUCUUUGACAAGGUUGCCAAGACCAAGACCCCACCCCUUUUUAAACAAGCCCCGCCUCCAAAUACCCAGUCACCCCAACAACAAGGCAAUAGUGGUGGAGACCAAGGGGCGGAUAUGGACAAGAUGCGAUUGGAGGAAAGCUACCGGGAGGAAAGGGGGCGGGACAGGGGGCGUGUCCGAGACCAGCUCAGCGUCCGCAUUAGUAACGUCUAGAGAGCGGAAAACACAGAUGAAUGAGUGAACGGGGGAUCAGAUAAAUUGCUUGAGUUCUUGUUUGAUUCAGUGUUAGCCAACUUUUUUUUUGAUGCCACUAGGCUUACCUGUUUUACAAGGUAGGGUGCCAGUAGAGUUGGCUAGCGCUGAAAUGCACUGGCAUACAAGCAUGAAAUAGAGAAGAUAAAGACAGAGCGGCUAUGUUCGGAAUAGCACACUACCAUACUACACUUGCUGUUUCUGGUACGUACACUGUGCAUAGCAUGCAAGUUUUCUGUAUGAACAAAACACACAGGCAAAAUUAUUGGAAAAACAUGCCUUGACCUAUAUUUUUGGAAAACUCCAAAAACAUACCUGUACAUACAACUCACUGCAGUUUAUAGUUGCAGUGAGCACUAUGGCGGUAAAGCACCAACAACUUUUAUUCCUAUUCACACAGAUUAUGAUUACAAGUCAUACAUUUUGAUGUUCACACAUAAUCAGCUCUAUAUGCAUGACUUUUCUGACAUAGUAAACUUGCUCGAAAGCUUACCCGGUACAGCAUUGCACUUGCCAUGCAAAGCCAAGAGUCUCCUGAAAUAUGACUAAUGAUAAAAGAGCUCAAAGCAAGCAAGCUGAAACGGCACGGUUGCCUCAGAAAAUGUGUUAUUAUCUCACAGUUGCUUUUGUUAACACUAUCAGUUAUAUUUAAGAUUGAACGUAAUGCAGAUGGUACGUUUUUCAUACAAGUUACAAACAAUAACCUUAUAGUGCCAGUCACCGGUCAAUCAUUUCCGAACUAUACAUCAUGUUCAUUUGUUUCGAAUAAACUGUACACUGUAUUAGCGCCACUCAGUGGUCAUUUCACAUAUCCCACAAUGCAAUGCACUCAAAAUUAUGAGUAUCAAGUGCUGCUUAUAGUGCAUUAAAAUUAUAUGUUUCUAGAGCAGGGGUGUCCAAUUCUGCUUUUGCAGGCAGGUGUUCUGCAAAUUCAGCUCCAACCCAAUUAAACAUCUGAACCAGCUUACUAGGCAAUGGCAUACUAGAAACUUCCGGCAGGUGUGCUGAGGCAAGUUGGAGAUAAACUCUGCAGGACCCUCCAGGACCGUGUUUGGACACCUCUGUUCUAGAUGCUCAACCACUUGUGGAACCCAUUUUCCUAUAUUUCUUUGUUGCAAAAUAAUGCACAUUAAUUUUUUGACAACAAUGUCGCAUACGACUAUUUGAAACUCUUAUCAUUGCAUAUAAUGCAUAUUGUUUCACAUGAUACUUUAAAAAAAUAAUAUGCUACAUACAUAUGUUAGUAUGCUAGUGUUCCAUUCCGGACAUAGUUGGAGUCUGUAGAGAAAAUGAGAAAUACUGUAAACUACUAAACUGUUAGACCAUGUCGAAUCAAAUGAAGAUUCAACAUAGAUCUGCUGCUUUAUUCAUGACGAAACAGCAACAGAUGCUGGUGUGAUGGACCUGCUCACUAGGAAGGACUACUUCACCACCUUGUGGCCAAGAAAAGUAGUGCCACAGAUUUGAGACACUUUGAGAAGAACAACUAUUCUGUAAACUCUGAUGGACAAUACCUGAUUUUAUAUCGAUCUAUUUUUGCUGAAGGAUUAUGGAUUACAAUGGACUGGAGGGUUGCAUGUCAUUGACUGGAAGAAAUCAUAAUAUUUAAACCACUGUACUGUAGUUAAUGAUAGAGCAAAGGUACAACAUUUAGAGUGAAUAACUCGUGCGUGUCUUCUUGAGAGACUGCGUUGGAUGUGAUUUGUAUCUAUAUUUGUGUCUAACAGUGCCAGUAUAGAGCUAUUUUGGGUAAAGAUCUAGUUUUUUCCCCAUAGUUGAUCUUUUGUCACUGGAAUAAACAUAAUGAUGUUUGUUAACAAUACUAAAAGCACUUUAACUUGAGGAGGAGGCUUUAUUUUUGAUAUUUUGUUUGAGUCCAACUUAACUGUACAUGGCCUUUUAUAUGUGAAGAUAUUGACGAAGAGUGAAAGAAUGUAUUUUGAAUUAUAGGAAUUGUAAAGUCAACGUGCCUAUGAAUCAACAACAACAACAACAACAACAACAACAAUAAUAAUAAUAAUAAUAAAUAAGAGCUGUUUAUUAAGCCAAGUACCACUUUUACUAUUGUAAAUUACUAUUGUUCAUCCAUUGUGUUAUUGUUAGUCUCCAAAUUAUUGAGGUGAAAUGUAAUUAGUUUUAUAAAAUUAAUUUUAUGAGAGAUCAGAUCAGCUUUCCAACUUGCAAGUGAUAUAAACCACAUUAUUUAUUACGCAUUAUUAUUAUUAUUACUAUUAUUAUUAUUAUUAUUAUUCAGAUGGUUUAUGUUGUUGAAAAAGAAUGAAUUUGGUUUUGUCUUUAGCACAUUUUGCCUGUCUUCAACUGUGGCUGUAAAGAAACAUCUGUUUCAUGAAUUUCCUUUUGUGUUUCAUAAGUGGACUUUCACUUUAACUGCUAAUGAUCUCAAAUGACUGUUUUUAAUAAAUGAGAAGUUUUGAAGCA